AUGGCCGAAGUGCGACGUAGAAAGGCAGAAAACGAAGUUGACGAGGCUGCUGCUGCUCUGACUGCCGCAAACAGCGCAGCUGAUUCUUCAGAUCAUGUCGAUUCAGAGGAGGAGAAAAUCCCAGAGGAGAAGUUCGUUGAGGAGCUGGCCAAGAAUUUGCCCCAAGGCACUGACAAAACGCCCGAGAUCUUGGACUCUGCUCUUAAGGAUUUACCCGAUCGUUGGAAGAACUGGGUCAUCCGGGGCAUUUUCACAUGGAUUAUGAUCUGCGGAUUUGCAUUAAUCAUCUAUGGCGGCCCCCUGGCCUUAAUGAUUACGACGCUGCUCGUGCAGGUGAAGUGCUUUCAGGAGAUUAUCUCAAUUGGCUAUCAAGUAUAUCGCAUACAUGGCCUGCCCUGGUUUCGCAGUCUCUCCUGGUAUUUCUUGCUGACGUCCAACUAUUUCUUCUAUGGCGAGCAUCUAGUUGACUACUUUGGUGUGGUCAUCAAUCGUGUGGAAUACCUGAAGUUCUUAGUCACCUAUCAUCGUUUCCUAUCGUUUGCCUUGUAUAUCGUAGGGUUCGUUUGGUUCGUGCUAUCGCUGGUCAAGAAAUAUUAUAUUAAGCAGUUCAGUCUAUUUGCCUGGACGCACGUCUCGCUGCUAAUUGUCGUCACCCAAAGCUAUCUAAUUAUACAAAACAUAUUCGAGGGACUUAUUUGGUUCAUAGUGCCCGUUUCGAUGAUUGUUUGCAAUGAUGUCAUGGCUUAUGUGUUUGGUUUCUUCUUUGGACGCACACCCCUCAUCAAGCUGAGCCCCAAGAAAACCUGGGAGGGCUUUAUCGGUGGUGGUUUUGCCACCGUUCUAUUUGGCAUACUAUUCUCUUAUAUUUUGUGCAAUUACCAGUACUUUAUCUGCCCCAUUCAAUACUCGGAGGAACUGGGUCGCAUGACAAUGUCCUGCGUGCCCAGCUAUCUGUUUACGCCACAGGAAUACAGCUUGAAAUUGUUCGGCAUUGGCAAAUCAUUGAAUAUCUAUCCAUUCGUAUGGCACUCCAUCUCGCUGAGUUUGUUCAGCUCUAUAAUUGGACCGUUUGGCGGCUUCUUUGCUUCUGGCUUUAAGCGUGCAUUUAAAAUUAAGGACUUUGGUGACAUGAUUCCUGGCCAUGGCGGCAUUAUGGAUCGCUUCGACUGUCAGUUUUUGAUGGCCACCUUUGUCAACGUUUACAUUUCAAGUUUCAUUAGAACUCCAUCGCCGUCAAAACUCUUGACACAGAUUUAUAAUCUUAAACCGGAUCAACAAUACCAAAUUUAUCAGUCAUUAAAGGACUCGCUUGGCGACAUGCUAAACUAA